ACGCACCCAUAUAUCCCAUCCACCUCAACUGAGCUCCUUGAAACCCCUGUGAAGAACCGCCCAUUAAAUGGGGGACCAGGCAGUCAGUAAAUGGGCGCCAGGGACAGCUUAUGGCCCAGUCCUCUCACAGACCGAUCUCUAUCUUCUCGGCACCGAACUCGAGAUCAACCCCAUCCUAGCGAACCAACACAACUUCCACCUCGUAUUUAACUUGGUCACCGGUCAAACGGGUGGCUUCAACAACAACGCACGCGAUCGCGAUCUCACAUUCACAGCGAAAGAUGAACCGGCAACGUUACCACGAGUGGCACAACUUAUGAUUAUCACGGAAAUCAGUCCAUGGUGCACGAUCAUAAAAAAUGAGAGAGGGGUGACGAUGGGGGAUGUGUGUACGAUGAUUUGGAAAGACUAUACAGACCAUUAUGUGACAGAUGUAGAGUUUGGUGCACUCCCGCCUAGGCUCCAGGAACAAGUGAAGCGCACGGCGAUGCACAACCUCUCUCAGGCUGCGGGAUGGCCGCAACAAAUGUACUAUACCCCUGCGGCUCCUCCGAACAGGUACAAGCGUGUUGAUUGGCUGAGGGAAAGGAUAUUCUUUGAAGGGCUCAAGUUGAACGGCACUUAUACCACGUCACGGUUGGGCUUCAAGGCCCCUAACGUUUUUGUUAUGACUUUGGUGCCCUGAUUCUUUUUUAUCCAUCUUUUAUGCGCAUAUGCAUCUUGCGCGCAUUGCUUCCUUACCAUACCCCAUUGAUUUCCGGGGAUCUUUACGUCUUGCUUGCUCUAUCUCCUUGCUUUUCUUUGGAUGUAUCAAACUCACCUUCU